AUCCAAUUAUUUAGCUUCCGUUGUUUUUAUUCGUUUUAAUCCAUUGGUUGUUAGAUGUCCAUAAAUGCCGUACGGACGCUCUCGCGCUCGUGCAUUGUAGCUGCACGAACGGGAACGUUGCAUUUACGUUGAGAUGUGUCUUCGGUACCUCCCCUUAAAGCGCUCGUGGAGCUCAUUCGGAGUGCACGGUUGAUGGCAUGCGCAUGUGUAAUGAAAAAAAAAAAGCACAACCAGCUAUUGUUAAACAACUACAAUACACACAAGCUCGGUUUGCUAAGGAACGAUUUCGUUUUCUGUGUGCAGGCCACACGGAACUGCAAUAGCGCACUAGAUUCGAGUAAAAAAAAAAAAAAAGAUAAAAUAAAUCUUUCACCAGCUGUCCGGCGCUGUGGGCAUUGCAUAGAUAGUUAUUUGCUGUCUGUAACGAAGGGUGGUGCUCCGUGACAUGUUGGGGCUUCAGCUGACAGUUUCAGAGAGUAGGUGGUGCUACUGAAAGCCUCGAGGGAAAGGACUCCCUCUCCCUCUCUCCGACUCCGAGUCCAUUCGCGUCCCAACAUGGCGAAGCACGGCGGACUCCCCCUCAAGAGACUUAAAACACUUCGGUUGAUGCUGCAGAUCGCUUCGCCCUCUUUCCAAGCCCUUAAAACUCCGAGGCGUCUAUGAUGUUGGAAAAAUGGACAAGUUUUCUGCAACCAUUUCCGAUAUAGCAUGGAGCUCGGUGUCCUUGCCUUUGGAUUUGGUCGUCAGCAAAUUUAGACUGCCUACGCUGGUACGGUUGAGCCAAGGGGACCAUGUGGAGGGUGUGACGGAGCAGGAUGUCAUCCUCCUGCACUCCUGCCGCCAGUGGACCACCGUCACUGCCCACAGCCUGGAAGAGGGCCACUACGUCAUCGGGCCCAAAAUCGACAUCCCUCUUCAGUACCCUGGGAAGUUUAAGCUGCUGGACCAGGACCGGGACAUGAGGGAACCUGUUCAGUACUUCGCCAGCGUGGAGGAAAUUGCCGGAAUCUUCCCUGACCGCGUGUUUGUGAUGGAGGCCAUCUCCUUCAGUGUGAAGGUGGUGUCUGGGGAGUUCAGCGAGGACAGCGAGGCGUACAACUUCACGCUGCAGGCGGGCGACGAGCUGACGCUGAUGGGCCAGGCCGAGAUCCUGUGCGCCAAGACGGUGCGCGAGAAGUCCCGCUUCAACACCAUCCUGCGGCGGCUGGGCCGGGGGGGCACCUUCAGCCGGCAGGUGAAGGGCAAGAUGCCCUGCCUGAUCUGCAUGAACCACCGCACCAACGAGAGCAUCAGCCUGCCCUUCCAGUGCCGCGGGCGCUUCAGCACGCGCAGCCCGCUGGAGCUGCAGAUGCAGGACGGCGAGCACACCAUCCGCAGCAUCAUCGAGAAGGUGCGCCUGCCCGUCAACGUCAGCGUGCCCAGCCGGCCCCCCCGCAACCCCUACGACCUGCACGUCAUCCGCGAGGGACACCGCUACAAGCUGGUCAGCAUCAUCUCCAAGACCGUGGUGCUCUGCUGCAUUCUGCGCAAGGAGGAAGUGGCGCCCUUCCACUUCCUGUUGCUGACGGACAUGCCUCGCUUCCUCCUGCCGGAGGGGCUGCUGCGGGGCGACCCCGGGUUCGAGAAGACUGCGCUGGAGUGCGCCCUCUUGUGCCAGGAGCACUUCAACGCGGACGACUACUCCCGGGCGGUGCGGGAGGUGAAGACGGACCUGGCGGAGGAGUGCGGCAGCCCCCGCAGGGUGCGGCUGUGCCUGCAGGGCCUGGGUUCGGGGCCCCUGGGAUACCCGCGGGACGAGCUGGCGCAGUCCUUCCAGCGGCUGUCGCUGUGCGUGUACAGCGGGACGCUGGCCCACGCCAACGGGGAGCCCCCCUCGCUGCUCCCCCACGGCUGCAGGGACUCCCUGGGGGAGCAGCACAUCCUGCCCCACGAGCUGCUCACCCCCGCUGACGGGGGCGGGGUGGGGGGCGACCCCGAGCGGGAGUACAUGACCCCCGACUGGGCCGAGGUGGAGUACCGGGACCCCGCCCCCGAGCAAGCCGAGAUCCCGUACGAGGAGCUGUGGGCCAAUCAGACGCCGGGGAGCUAUGGCGAAGGCGGGGGCUUGGCCGGUGGGCUGGACUGUGGAGGAGGAGGGGGGGGGAAAGGAGAGCAGAGCCUCAUCUCCUUCACCUCCUCCGGCACCUCCUUGGAGGCCACGCUGGGCCCCGCCCACAUCGCCGUGGUGCAGAUGGAGGCAGGAAGAGUGCCGACUCCGCCCCCUGUCCCGCCCAAAUCAGAAGCUGUGAAGGAGGAGUGCCGGUUCCUCAAUGCUCCCCCUGUCCCUCCCAGAGGAACCAAAGGGGGCCCCGCCCCCAGCCCUCCUGUCCCCCCCCGUUUCCCCAAGGUCCCGCCCCCAAAGCCUGGGCAGGGCCCCGCCUCCCACUGUCCCAGCCCGUCCCUGUCCUACUACUCAUCCGGACUGCAGGAUGUCUCUGGCACCCGCAGCGGAAGCUGCUCUCCGUCUCCGGACUCGUACUCCCUGUACUGUUACCCGUGCACCUGGGGGGACUGCAAGACGUCCGAAUCCGCCCGUCCCCUGACUGGCACCAACGGGACCCCUGGGGGGCAGCCCGCCCAGGCGUCCUGGUCCGACCCGUGGUCCUACGCCGACGGGUCGCCCAGCGUGGCCAGCGGGCGCUCCACGCCACUCCUCAGCACAGACUCCGCCCACAAGAGCUACUACAGCUGCCCCAGACUCAAGCCCCCCCCCUCCCAGAAGCGCUUUGCCCCUUUUGGGGCACUGAACCCCUUCGCCAACCCCGGCUACUCCAGGAGCCCGUCCUCGUCCCCCGCAGAGUGGCAGGACCCCCCCGAAUGCCGGAGAUCCCCCUCGCUGUGCUCCGAGGCCUUCGAACCCUUCGACCCCAGCAGUGGGCUGAGCCUGUCUCCAGACAGCCCCGCCCCUCCCACGGGCACGCCCACGCGGAGCAGCUCCGAGAGCUCGUCUGCCUCCUCGGGCGAGGCCCCGCCCCCCCAGCAGCCGCGGGCCAAUGGGGAGCGGCCGGCCUGGCACCCGCCGUCAGACCUGUCCACGCUGUCGGUGGAGGAGGUGUCGCGCUGCCUGCGCUUCAUCGGCCUGGCGGACGCCGUGCUGGCCUUCUUCGUGCGCGAGCGCAUCGACGGCAGCAUCUUCGUCCAGCUGACCGAGGAGAUUCUGUCCGACGACUUCCACCUCACCAAGCUGCAGGUGAAGAAGAUCAUGCAGUUCAUCAAAGGAUGGCGGCCCAAAAUCUGACCCCCCCAAGCCCCCCCAGGACUGCACUCCGGGUGUCUGGGGUUUCCCAGACGCUGGAAGAAGGGGAGGGCGGAACCAUGGUAACAGAGGUGAAACCGUGGUAACAGAGGAGAGUCCCAUGGAGUUUUUAAUGAGGGGAGAGGGGACUCUCAUCACCCUGUGAAUGGCCUUCUGAUCCACACUCACACACACACACACACACACGUGCAGACACACACUCACACACAGUCACACACGCGCACACGCACUCAGAUCGGUCACAGAUAUGUCACUGUACUGUUGUUUUAUUUUAGACACAGACCCUGUGUGGGCAGUCACCCAUGUGCAGAGGCAUCUGUAUGUUACACGUAUGUGCAUCAUGAAGGGUUUGGCACCGUGUGACAGAAGACCGACGGGUAGCCCUGUAAACGGCCUGUCCAGCGUGGGCAGUGGAACUCUUCUACUGGGACCAGAACAUGCGUCUCAAACGCACCAGAAGAACAAAAAAAGAGUGAAAAGUGAUACGUUGAAGAAUAUGGUACUGUAUGUUUAACCCAGGCCCGUGAUGUCAUACCUGUGUGCCUGGACUCUGUGGAUCAUUUUAAAUGUGCCUUGUGAAAGUUCCCCCUCCCCCCGCCCCCCAAACUACACCCAAAACAAAAUAAGCGAAAGACACAUGCUUACACCGAGACAGAUUAGCUUUAGAAGUGAAUGAGGUCAACACUGUGGGGAAAAGCACAAAUCUCACUUUGAUUUUUAGCCAAUGUCUGCAGGUGUAACUCCAGUCCGGUAGGGGGCGCUGUGUCUGCAGGUGUAACUCCAGUCCUGUAGGGGGCGCUGUGUCUGCAGGUGUAACUCCAGUCCUGUAGGGGGCGCUGUGUCUGCAGGUGUAACUCCAGUCCUGGAGGGCCGCAGUGUCUGUGUUACGGCUCGGUCCCGCUACAGAAGGGCUGAAUUCUGUUUAGUGUUUUUUGAAAGUUGCCUCCUUGAGUGUUUCUGACAGCUCCCCCCCACAUCCCCCACCCCAACCCCCCGCUCCUCACUCCCGGUACGAACGCUCAAAACCUCUUCUGGGGCGAAAUCAUGAGACAUUUUCCUCUCUUAAACGUGCACGGUGGGCGUCCUUGUGCUUGUGUGGGUGGAAACGCUUUGUGUUGUGCCUUCAGCCCCCCCACCCCCCCACCCCCCCGGCACAUGCAUCACAGUUCCUGGGAAGCUGCAGAAUACUCGUGCAUUCAUCGCCUCUCAAAAACAGCCACUUGUGAAGCGGAGAGCCUCUUCCACAGCACAGGGGCUUCGAGUACAAUCCCAAACUUGGGUUUUAAAUUCUGUGCAUACCCAAUUUUGUUUAUAAAUCAAAAGAAAGAAAAAAAAUAGUAACUUGUUAGUGUAGAACUUUUAAAGGGAAACCAAGCUGUCUUUUCUACAUCAGUCAGACCAGGGCUGUAAUUAAGUACGUUGUGUUAAGACUGUAAUUUGAGUUUACUAAUCACCGCUGUCUGCACACGCACAGCGGCCCGUUUGUCAGGCGCUGGGAAAUUACAGCGUAAUGCUGGGGUUUAACAUCUCUGCUCCCUGAAGUUUGCGUGUAUAUUUAUGGAUCUUUCCCUCCCCCAAACCCUGUCCCUUCUGUAGAACAUUAUUGUUAUUGAAUAAUAUUUAACAACAAUGGUAGCGUUAUUUCAAUUGUACUGAAAUUUUAUUUCUUGUAUGAUUUUAAUCCUUAUGGAUUAGUAAAAAAGGAAAAAAUAAAUAGUGCAAAAAAACA